GAAAACUCUGAAACAAGCUAGCAAGAAAAAGCCCAUGCGGGCCUGCAUCACAAAAAAAGUGACGGAUGUUUUCUUCCCGCCGACAAACUAGGAAACGAGCCCGAUGCAUGAAUUUCUUCUUCCGGCUCAUGGUACGCAGGCGCGAGCGCGGGAACCGGGAUUUAUAUUUGAGUUCUCGGCAAAUUCAUCUGUGUUCCUUUUACGUCUUUUUGCAGGAUGAAAGUAAUCACUUGUGAAAUUGCAUGGCACAAUAAAGAGCCAGUGUAUAGCUUAGAUUUCCAGCAUGGGACAGAUGGGAAAAUCAAUCGACUGGCUUCUGCUGGAGUGGACACUACUGUUCGUAUAUGGAAAGUAGAAAAAGGACCAGAUGGAAAGGCAAUUGUGGAGUUUUUGUCCAAUCUAGCUCGUCAUACCAAAGCUGUGAAUGUUGUACGUUUUGCUCCCAAUGGUGAAAUUCUGGCAUCCGGUGGUGAUGAUGCUGCAAUAUUGUUGUGGAAGCUGAAUGAUAACAAAGAGCUAGAGCCAGCUGUAUUUCAAGAUGAUGAUGAUGAUAACCAGCUAAAUAAAGAAAAUUGGAUAGUAAUUAAAACUUUAAGAGGUCACUUAGAAGAUGUGUAUGAUAUUUGCUGGACCCCUGAUGGAAAUUAUAUGGCAUCUGCAUCAGUUGACAACACAGCUAUAAUGUGGGAUGUCAGUAAAGGUCAAAAAGUUUCAAUUUUUAAUGAACACAAAAGUUAUGUGCAAGGAAUAACGUGGGAUCCUGUCGGGCAGUACAUUGCAACUCUUAGUUGUGAUAGGGUGUUGAGAGUAUACAAUACACAGACUAAGCGUGUGGCAUUUAAUGUUACCAAAAUGCCAUCAGGAGGAGGGUCUGAAGGAGAGGUGAAAAGCUAUCGAAUGUUUCAUGAUGACAGCAUGAAGUCUUUCUUUCGAAGACUAACUUUUACUCCUGAUGGCUCUCUGCUUCUUGCUCCUGCUGGCUGUGUGGAAUCAGGAGAAAAUGUAACAAACACCACUUAUGUAUUUUCUAGAAAAAAUCUGAAAAGACCUGUAGCUCAUUUGCCUUGUCCUGGAAAGGCGACUCUAGCAGUUCGUUGCUGUCCAGUCUACUUUGAGCUGAGAUCUGCACUUAGCAAAGAGGAUACUUCCCAGAAAAUUGGUCUAAUAAAUCUGCCUUAUCGGUUAGUUUUUGCUGUUGCUUCAGAAGAUUCUGUACUUUUCUAUGACACGCAGCAGUCCUUUCCUUUUGGUUAUGUAUCCAAUAUACAUUACCAUACACUGAGUGACAUUUCUUGGUCUAGUGAUGGAUCCUUCCUUGCUAUUUCUUCUACGGAUGGAUAUUGCUCUUUUGUGACUUUUGAUGAAGGUGAACUUGGAAUACCACUGAAAGAAAAACCAGUUUUAAGCAGCAGAACUCCCAACACAGUAGAGAAGAAAAUAAAAAAGGGUCAGUCUCCCAGUGUUGUUUCCCCAGUCCCCAAACCAGUAGAUGCCACUCUUCCUAAUAGAAUCACGGAUCCAAGCAGUCCUACUGUACAACCCAAGACUCCAGUAAAUAUUAAAGACUUGCCCUCAAUCCCUGUUAGUGUUAGAAAUAUUCUAGCAUCUUCUUCAGAAGAGAAGAAACCCAUACAGCCUUCUGGCCACAGCUCUAAAGUAAACCAACCCAGGAGGAUUACACUAAAUACUCUACAAGCAUGGAGUAAGGCACCAAGGAGGGUUGCUUUGAUUCCUCUAAAGGCAGAUACUCCAGACUCAGUAAACACAGUAUCUACAUUAUCUUCCACAGAAACAGUUCAGCAUGAGAGACCCUCAUCACCUGAAGACCCUCUGCAAAAUCCACCAGCACCUAAGCGCCUUAAGGCUGAUGAAACUGCCAGUUCUGGAUUGCUCGAAGAUAAAAUUUAAAACCACUAAUAUAAUGUACUAUAUGGUUGCCUUGCUCUUUAGAAGCCACAGUUGUCUAAGUAAUAGAUUUGCAACACCCAAGUUAUCUGAGAAAUGAGCUGCUGCAAAAGAGUCAAACUUACAUCAGUGCUGUCCCAACAUUAUCAUCAAAUUGUUGGGUAUAUUAGAGGCCAAUGAAAGUUCAGGGUUAUCUAGGUAACAUGAAUAUCACAUGAUUUCAAAUGUCUUUCUAGAACUUCAUUUAAGUAUUGACUUUCCUGUAAGCUUGUGACGGGUAAAGAAAGUUGCUGGUUAAAGGAUAACAUGCAUCUGUUUCAAAGCUUCGCAAGGAAAUUUGCACAAAGAAACUGGUUUGCUUAAGUUAUGGUACAAUUCUAAGCUCAAUUACAUCCUUAUAAGUCCAUUGACUUCAGUGGACUUAAAAGGCUAACUGUUUAGGGUCGCACUGUAUGUCAUUCCAUGUGCUUUCCAGAACUUUACGUGGGAAGUGACUACCUGGUUCGUAUCUUAUCAAUUAUGGGCAAAUAUCAAAAAGUCAAAAGAUUUCACCUCAUGCAAGUGAAAAAUAGCAGGUUUUUUAUGGUGAGUUAAAGGAGGUAGGUUGGAAAUGUAAAUGUAAUGUAUCUUUUCAUUAAAUAGCCAAAGUACAAAAAAAAAGUAUGUCAAAGGGUUUCUGUGUGGUGCAGACAUUAAAAAUGGUUGCAUAAUCCUAUGAUAUGUUGGCUUAUUUUUUUUUAAGGAACAAUUAUAGCAGUGCUAAAUAGGUGAAAGGUCUUCAUAUGUGAAUUUAUUUUGCUUGUUAUAAUAUAUGAUUACCAUAGAUGCAGUACAUAGAAUAAAAGUUCAAAAUUCAUAUUCAGA